CCUCUUUCCCCUCCUUUUCCUCAACCUUCUUCCAUCCUCCCUCCCCUAUUGCAGCUCUAAACCAAACUGACAUCUCCUUCUGGUCCGAAGUUUUUCCUUCCACCACCGCCUUCUGCCACCUACUCUUUUCUGCCUUGUGGGAACCUUUACCUCCUUUCCUCACUCACUCACUCACUCUUCCAUACUUCCUCCCCCUCCGUCCUUCUUCGUUUGUUUAUCCCUCCAUCCCACCUUCAUCACCACCGUCACCAUGGGUCAACACUCCGCUAUCUGGCAAGGCUAUGUCGAUUCCAGCUUGAUGGGAUCGGGUCAAUUCGACAAGGCCGCCAUCCUUGCCUAUGACUUCUCCGACGUUGAGGCUUCCUCCCCCGGCUUCUCGAUCGCUCCCCAAGAGCUGAGCGCCCUCGCCGCCAUCUUCAAGGACGCCGGCAGCGCCUUUGCCAACGGUAUCACCAUCGGCGGAGAGAAGUUCGUUGCCAUCAAGGCCGACGACCGCAGUGUGUACGGCAAGAAGGGCAAGGAGGGCAUUGUCAUCGUCAAGGCCAACUCGUGCGUCUUCGUCGCCCACCACGGCGAGGCCGUCCAGACCACCAACGCCGCCACCGUCGUCGAGAACCUUGCUGACUACAUCAACAACCCCCGGUAAAUGGCCGGACCCUCACCUAAUCGAAAAGUCUGUUGCGGGUGCGUGGGCGGUGACGAGUGACGAGUCAAGGGGGCAGCGGUAAUACUGUGAAUGUAGAAAACGGUGGUCUCCUUUCUCGAUCUGUCUGUUGUUUUACCUUUUUUUUCUCCUGUUGUUAUAUGAUAUCAGCCACAACGCGUAGAUAUGUGCCAAUAUGUGCAACUUUUUUUUGUCCCUGGGUUAUCGCCUCUCGAGGCUCGAAUGUUGGUGUUUAGUGAAGAUGAGGUGUUAUUCAGACAGGAGAUUAGCGGUCGCAACACAGUUGAACCAGAUAAUCAUCAC